UGAUACUCCUACACUUACUCUUAAUACUAUAACUACAACUAAUGAUGACUAUUCUAUUACUACUAUUACUACUACUACUACUAUUACUACUACUGAUGAUGAUAAUACUUUAACUACUGCUAUGGCAACUGAGGCUAUGGCAACGACCAAAGCUGUUUCUACAACUGAAGUUACUACUACAACAACUGAAACUAUGACUACGGCUGAACCCACUAAUAUUAUGACAGAAAUUACCACUACAACCGAUUUUAUUAUUACGACUGAAGUUCCUACCACAACUGAAGCUCUUACUACCACAACUGAAGCUCUUACUACCACAACUGAAGUCCUUACUACCACAACUGAAGUCCUUACUACCACAACUGAAGCCCUUACUACUACAACUGAAGCCCUUACUACCAUAACUGAAGCCCUUACUACUACAACUGAACCUACUACAACCGAAGUUACUGCAACUACUACUGAAGCUCCUACUACUACGGCUGAGCCUACAACAACAAUAGAUACUAUUAUUGCAACUGAAACUCCUACUGUUAUUAUUACCACAACUGAAGAUAUGACUACUUAUUUACCUACAGACACUACUAUGACUACUACUACUACUACUCUAUUUAUUGAUGCAACUACUACAUCCUCUUUCAUAGAUAUUAGGACUACUCCUAUUCUAGAAACUACAUUGACAUCUUUAGAAAGCAAUACAGCAACACAUACACCCAUAGAAUCAUUAUCUACAAGUAUGACACUUGCCUCAUCAUCUAGUCCAAUCUCUACCUAUCCAAACACAGACCAAGGUCAAAAACAAUUCAUUUCUAAUCAUCAUACUGGUCUAAGUCAGAAAAAUAAAGACAUUAUUGGAGGUGUGGUAGGCGGUAUUGGAGGUGCGAUUUUAAUUUGUAUCAUAGCAUUUGUUGCCAUAAGACGUUCUAAAAGACGACAACACGAGUCUGAAAGGGAAAGUUAUCAUCCAGAGGGUUCAAUAAAUAGUUUUAGUGAUUUCACAUCCCCCAUGUCAGAAGGCUAUUAUCAAGAAUAUAGUAGUAGUGGCGAUCGUAUGAAUCAAUACUAUACUUCAAGAAGGUUUUUACAACAAUAAAAAAAAAAAAAAAUGAAUCAUCCUCAUGCUUUUGAUAUCGGGAUUUUAAUAGUUCUUUUGUCAUUGUUUUAAUUUU